UGUCAGAAAAAGGUAAAUAAAUAAACCGUUUUGAAGAACACGAAAAUACAGUAUUUAUAAUUAUAGCAUUUAUUCAGAAAAACCUUCAUCAACAUAUGUGGUAUUGGUAAUCAACAUGAAAUAGAACCUGUCAAAAAUGGCUAUCCAGAAUGAUUACAUACACUGUGCGUUUGUGAAUGGUGUAAACUAACAAUAUUUUAUCUGAUAAGCUUAUUUUAAUUCUCUGAUAUCUUUUUAGAAUUAUGGCAAAUGAAUAGUCAGUGUAACAGUACUAUGGCAGUCCAAAAAAAGGCGGUGUCUUAUUUCAUUGAAGGUGCCAUUUGAAAAAUCACAAUGCUUUAUAUUCUAGAAAAUAUAUUUGAACUGAACACCUGAAAGAGAUUUGAUAAACCAACAAUGUAAGAAUAAAAAUUCAUUUAGAAAAGUUUAACAGUUGGUAAAUUUGCUUCAAGAUGGGCACAGUUGGGUCUUUCCUGCGAUCAAACGAUGAUGAUGACAUCUUGGAUUUAAAGAUUCGAGGCAGAUCAGGAGGCGUCAUAAAGCACAUACCAAUAGAAAUGAAACCAAGAGGAAAGUUAGGGCUUGGUAGGGUAGGAUCAGUUGGAAGAAAACCAAAAGGCGGUAGUUUAAGAUCAGCACUGUCAAUUGAUUUGGAAAAUCCAGAAACAGAGCGAAUCAAGCGAGAGUUUGAGAUGUAUAGGUUAGAUAAAGAAAAUGAUAUUGCAAACUGGCAGAAAAAAGAAAAGAAGUUAGAACAGGAAAAUAAAAGAAUGCGAUCAGAGUUACUGGCCUUGCAGAAAACAUGUACAAAGUUACGAAAUGAAAGAGAUAUGGCUUUACAAGCAGAACAACGAGCAAUAGCCCGAGCCGCUUCAUUUGAAUGUGAUCGUGAUAAAGUACAAAGGAGGUUUAAGAUUUAUCGUGAAACAGCAGAAUAUGAACUACAGAAUGUUUUAAGGGAUAGAAGAAAUCUAGAGAACAAGAUGACAAAAUAUUCACCUGGGUAUGAAGAUGGUGAUACAACAUCUAGAUUUCUGGUAGAUGGUACUCUAGGAAACAACAACCCUGGUGAUUGGUGGAGUGAACCAUCUUUAGGUAGCACUGUACAGCUACAUCAACCUACAUACCUCCGUGGACCAGAAUUUGCUCAUACUAUGAUGGAACUUGAAGGUCCUUUCACAAAUGUCAAUAAAGAUGAUUGGAGUUCCGCAUUAGCUAAUAUGAGUCAGUCAGGUCAACUACUUACUGAUCAGGCUAUUAAUAAAGUCAAGAGAAUCUAUAUAUCUGCUCCACAACAUAUGCUUCCAGAAAUUACAGUCUUUGACAAGGAAUAUGUACCUAUGUUAAGGUUAUUAUGUCAGAAAGAAGGAAAGUCAUUAGUUGUGGUUUAUUUACAAGAAGAUAAUCAAAUACCCGAUAAACGAUAUAUACCUCGAUUUCAACAAGCACGACAAAAACAGUUAGAUAUGGCUUCAUUGUUAGUAGCUUUUGUUGGUAAUCCAUUAGAUAGAGAAAAUAUUUUUGAUAUAAAAUAUGCACUUACAGAAUCGACCUCUGUUAAACCUGCUGUGAUUGCCUUUAAAGAUGCAAAUGAUAAAAGAAUGUGUUUUAGUGGAGAUAAUUCAGAUGGUCUCAAAUUAAAGGAAGAAAGUAAUAUGCAUAUAAUCAGUGAAUAUACUAGUCCACAUGAAGGUGCUGAAAUGGUUUAUGCUGCUUUAGAUAAAAUACUUAAAUCGGAACAAGGAGUUGCUAGAGAGAAAACAGAAGAAGAUGAACACACAGAGAAUGGACUGUGUGGUGGAGCUCUGUGGGAUAUAAACUAUGACUUAGAACAAAUGGGAGCUUUGUGUUAUGCCCUUAGAUCUAGUUGUGAAUUAGGAUUUGAAAAGUACUAUGAAAAAUUAAACAGUCAUAUAUCAGCUGCUGGACCAUAUCCACCACUACUUGUUAUGGGACCUAGUGGUUGUGGACGGUCUUUACUACUCUCUAAAUGGGUUCAACAACUAAGAGAGAGAAAUCCUAACUGCCUAGUUUUAUAUCAUUUUGUUGGUAAACCAUCAUCUGUCAGUGCUGAUCCAAUUCUUAUGAUUCGUAGAUUGUCUUCUCAGUUGAUGCAACAGAUCAACAAUCCUCCUGUUUUAACCAGUGAUUCUUCCAGACUUAUUGAAGAUUUUCCUAGAUGGCUAGAAAAAAUAUCAUCUAAAUCUCCAGGAGGAACUAUCUUAGUUUUAGACUCUAUUGAUAGAUUUGAGCAAGCUGAAGUUCAUCUGAAAUGGUUGUUGGACCCACUGCCUGUUGAUGCUAGAGUUAUAGUAUCUGCUGAAGAAAAUACAUGUCCUCAAGUAUGGAGAUCAUGGCCAACCUUACUCUUGGAUUCAUCCAGUGUAAAAAAUAUCAAAGAAUUAUUUUGUACUGAAUUGUCGGCUAAUGAUGUAAUUGUAUCCAAUGAAAAUGAAAGAAAGAUUUUGUCUCAUUGUGGGACCAUGGAAACCUGUACACCCUUGUAUGUUAUGAUCAUAGCUGCUUAUAUAAUAAGUUGUGGAGGAGAAAAAGAGAAUGAUUUAAGUGAUGAUAUAGAUAAUUUGUUAUCUACUAGUACAUGUGAACUGCUUUAUAUCCAGGUUAUACAUCUACUACAAUCUAGUCUAGAAGCUCCAGAAAACGAAGGCAUGAUCAAAUUGAUAUUAAAGUAUUUAUGUGUUAGUAGAAAUGGUAUAGAAGAGAAUGAAUUAAUGAGUCUAAUACCAGAUUUAACAUGGACGUUUUUAGUUCGAAUAUUUGAUAUACUUUCAUCACUUCUUAUUAUAAAAUAUCAAGCAGGCUUGAUAACAUUUGCUCAUGAAGCUGCUAUGAAAGGUGUAUAUGAUUUAUGUUUUGGUAAAGAUGACGGUGAACAAGUUACAGAUAUAAGACAAGAAUUAAUAGACUACCAUUCACAGUUCUUGGUACCAGGAUGUGUGACAUGUCGUGUAGCUGAUGAAUUACCAUGGUUACUAAGACAAGCUGGUGAUAAAGAUACAUUAAAACAUUGUAUUUUAAAUCUGUGUAUAUUUCAAAGACUUUAUGAAAGGGGACGGUCUACUGAGCUGUUGGCAUACUGGCAAUAUUUAGGGGUUGAUAAAAAUGAUAUGGCAGCAGCUUAUUUUACAGCAACUAAAAAAACAGAAGAAGGUAUUGGUCAGUAUAAUGGAUUAGUAACAUUACCUCUUAUAGCAGAUAUGUAUGAAACAUUGGGUAGAUUUUUAAAAGAUAUGGUGCUAUUGAAUCAAGCAUUACCACCAUUACAACGAGCUUUAGAAAUUCGUGAGACUGCCAUGGAUCCUGAUCAUCCUGUUGUGGCCCGUUCUUUACAUCAACUGGCUGGUCUACAUGCUCAGUGGGGAAAAUAUACAACUGCUGAAGCUCUUUUUAGACAAGCUUUAGAAAUAUAUGAAAGUGCCUUCGGUUUUGAGCAUAAUUUGGUUGCUAGGGAAGUAGAAUCUCUGGCUAAUUUAUAUCAAAAGCAAAACAAACACGAUUUAGCAGAACCAUUACGUAAAAGAGCCAUAUCGAUAAAGAAACGUAUUAAAUCUGUUAAAACUGGUCAAAAUAAUGCCGCAGAUAAACUUCAGAGAAGAACUCUUCAUUUAGAAGAGUUAGCUUUGGGUCCAGAAUCACCAGAUUUGGCUCGAACUUUAAAUGAACUAGGCGUUUUGUAUUAUUUGCAAAAUGAUUGGGAAACAUCAGAGUCAUUUUUUAAGAGAUCAAUAGAGAUGAGGGAGAAUUUAUUGGGUAAAGAUCAUCUGGACUUGGCCCAAUCAUUAAAUAAUCUAGCUGCUUUAUAUAAUGAUAAAAAAAUCUUUGAUAAAGCUGAACCUUUGUAUGAACGAGCUCUACAAAUACGACUCAAGCAUUUAAGUCCUGAUUCAGCUGGGGUGUCUGGUAUUGUUCGUCAUUUGUCCAUGUUAUACAGAAAACAGAAUAAAUUUGAUAAAGCUGAACCUCUAUAUAAACAAGCUGUAGAUAUUAGAGAGAAAAGUUUUGGUGCUAAUCAUCCAUCUGUAGCUACAGCAUUAGUUAAUCUAGCUGUAUUAUACUCACAACAGAAUAAAUACUCUGAUGCAGAACCAGCAUAUGAAAGGGCUUUAAAGAUCUAUGAAGAGAGUCUUGGUCCGCAUCAUGCCCGGGUUGCAGAAACAUUACGUAAUCUUGCUGUAAUGAAAUAUGAACAGAAAGAUUUUGAAACUGCUGCUAAAUUAUAUAAACGAUCAACAGAAAUAAAAGAGAAUGAAGCCACGUAUACCAGUAAGGUUCUCUCUAGACGUAGUUCAAGUGGUGAUACAAACACAACUAUUAAAAAUAUCCUACAAACAUAGAAUGGUGCUGAAACAAGGAAUGUGGCGUGGAGAUAUCACAGUGUAAUAAACCACAGUAAUUAUCAGCCAUAAAUAGUGUUUUAUUUUCCAAUUACUAAAUGCCAUUCAAAGAAUAUGCAAGUCAUGUGUUCAAUUCUCGAUUGUAUGUGACCUGUCUACAAACAUUUUUCUUUCAAAAGUUAUAAUUUAAGGUUAUAGUGAAUAUAGAGCUGGAUUUAUAUAUUUUAUAAAUAAUAUGUCUCAACAUCUGUGCAAAGAAUUGAUUUGUUAUUCAUCAUUUAAUUUUACCCUGAUUUUUCCACUUUGUGCAUUAUUUUAAAAAUUUUACAUCUGCAUCAAGUUCUCAAACCUGUCCAUUCGUCUACAGUUUCUUGUAAACAUGAUAAAGUCUACAUUGUUCAUCAAGUUGUAUUGGAACUUGGUAUGGAAUUUGAACAAGCUUUAUCAAAAUUAGUUGUCAAGUGAUUGCCCUUAACAUAGUAAAAUCAGCUUAUCAAAUCACUCUCCUAAUAUUCAAAUACUUGCUGUUGCUAUGAAAAGAUAAAACAUGAAAGGAGUCACUUUUGGACUUCUGGCGUUACUGAAACUUUCAAGUGAUAUUGUUUGGUAUAUGCCAUGGUAGCUCUAAUGUAAAUAGACUAGUCAUAUUGAGCUUUGUAAGUUUGUUUCUUUUAUUUUAUAUGUAUGCAAUAUCUGUGAUAAACUUUAUUGUUAUAUAUAUUUUGAACAUGUUGGAAGUCCUGGGCAGUCUAAAAUCUGCUUUAUAUAUCCGUCCAUAAAUUUAAAUAUCCCUUUUGUUUAAGAUUGUUUUUAAGUAUACAUUUUGUUGCUUUUCUUUUCAUUUUUAUUUUUUAAUGGAAUCACUGUUGUUUUUAUACGCCCACAUUUUCAUGUGGACGUAUUAUGCCGUUGCCCCUGUCCGUCCGGACAUCCGUCGGUCCGUCCACAAUUGUUUGUGGACUCUCUACAGGUCACAAUUCUUAUCCGAUUUUGAUGAAACUUGAAAUAUAGGUUUAUCCCCAAAAGAUCUCGGCUGCUUUCGAUAUUGGCAUGUAUCGGAUCGAAACUUCAUGGAUUCUGGCCCUUGAUUGUACGAAAAAUCACGUUUUUAGCUUGUGGACCCUAUAGAGGUCCCAAUUUUUAUCCGAUUUAUUUGAAACUUGAAAUGUAAGUUUAUAACCCAAAGAUCUCGGUUCCUUUCGAUAUUCGUGCAUAUCGGACCGUAACUUCCUGAAUUAUGGCCCCUGAUUGUACGAAAAAUCAUGUUUUUAGCUUGUGGACCCUAUAGAGGUCAUAAUUUUUAUCUGAUUUAAAAAACCAUAUUAUUAUAUAACCGUUACACCCUAAGAAAGGUUGAGUUCGAAUUUCGUGAAAAUCGGCCCAAAAUUGACAGACAAAAUGGCCGCCGUUCGUUCUCAAAUAGCGUAAAAAUAUGGUAUAUCAAGGUUGUGGACCCUAUAGAGGUCACAAUUUUUAUCCGAUUUAUUUGAAACUUGAAAUGUAAGUUUAUAACCCAACGAUCUCGGUUCCUUUCAAUAUUCGCGCAUAUCAGACCGUAACUUCCUGAAUUAUGGCCCCUGAUUGUACGAAAAAUCGCGUUUUUAGCUUGUGGACCCUAUAGAGGUCAUAAUUUUUAUCCGAUUUAAAAAAACGUAUUAUUAUAUAACCGUUACACCCUAAGGAAGGUUGAGAUCGAAUUUCGUUAAAAUCGGCCCAAAAUUGACAGACAAAAUGGCCGCCGUUCGUUCUCAAAUAGCAUAAAAAUAUGGUAUAUCAAGGUUGUGGACCCUAUAGAGUUCACAAUUUUUAUCCGAUUUUGUUAAAGCUUGAAAUGUAAGUUUAUAACACAAAGAUCUCAGUUCCUUUCGAUAUUCGUGCAUAUUGAAUUGUAAUUUCCUGAAUUAUGGCCCUUGAUAGUAGGAAAAAUCACUUUCUUGUUAGCUUGUUCUCUAUCCAUCUCUCGAAAAUGUGGGCGUAUCCUGCCUGGCAGCCGCUGGUUAUGAUAUUUUAGUACGUUUUCUGUAAACUAUACAUUUUCUGGUAUAUAGAAAAAAAAACCCUACAAAAAUGUUUUUCUCAGAUGCCAUAUACAGGCAUAGAUUUGGUUUGUGAGAAAACAUUACUGGUACAGUACCUUAAGGUAUAUUAGCUAAAGAAGCACUUUGUGUCUAACAUGAACAACUACAUUUUAGGCAUUCCUUGAUGUCAUAUUAUCUAAUGAAACUGUUGGUUCUGUUGUUCACUAUGCGACUUUAAAAUUUGAAAUAAAAUGUUUUAUUUGACAUGAUUGGCAAAACCGAUGAUUUAGAGUAAAACCAUUGCAGGGAAGUACUCUGCAAUUGGUUGAAAUAUCGCAUUGUGUCCUAUCAGACAAGUCAACCAUUUAAAUUUGGUCACAUAUUGUUACAUGGGUUAGUGACAUAUUAAUAGUUUGCUGCAAGGAAAGAAUGAUAUGCAGAAAGAGUGGUUGUAAAUUUAUAUAUGUUAAUAUAAACUUAUUGAUUUUUUUAUAACUGAAAUCAUGGUACUAAUAUUGUAUAUAAAAAUAAUCAAAAGAGAGUAUUAUCUAUACAAUAAACAUAUCCUGAGAUUUUUCAUUAGAACCCGCGACGCUAACCCAUCUUGGGUUCUAAUGAUCUCAGGACAUGUCUAUUGCACAAUAACACCCCUGUAAAUGCGAAACAGGAAGUGUUUAUCUCAUAAUUAUAUCAUUGUCUAUAAUAUUUACACCUCUUACAAUGAAACUUAAAAUGUCCCUUACAUACUGCUGUUACUUAACUUUUGCUAAAUCUAUUUACAGUUUUAUUUUGUGUAAAUGUUGUAUAAAUUUUAAUAACAGUUUUACACUGUUCAGCCCAUGGUGCUUAUUUUAUGUGUGAGAGCUUAUAAAAUGUCCAUAUAUGAGAUAACAUGUCCAGUCGUAUGGUUCGUAUUUAAAUUAUGUUUAAUUUUAAUCUUGGAAGAAAGAAAUAUCUCCAUUAAUCUGUUUUUGUAGUGUGCAUCAUCAUUGCUCUUUUCUAGUCAUAUAUAUAUUUUUUUUGUCCCUCGUCUUUCGAAGUGUCACCAAGAAUCUGUUUUUCUGUAAAGUUGAUUAAAAUUGCUUUUUC